GGCGCAGUUCAGGAUUGUCACAACCGUAGCAGCCUUGGUAUGGCAUCGCUCUGGAGGUUCGCACUGCUGCUCUCCGCUGCCGUGGUGAUGGUGUGCGCCCAAGAUGGCGGCCACUUGGACGGUGGCAGUUACGAUGGCUUUGACGGCGGCGAAGGCGGAGACUUCGGUGGGGGCUUCGGAGGCGGUGACGACGGAUUCGUUGGUGGCGAAGGUGGAUACGGCGACGGGGCCUACGACGGAACAGCCAUGCAGCCCGUGUAUGUGGCGUCGGAGACCAUCGCGGCACCCGCGGUGGUGCUUCACCGCAAGAGGCGCUCCCCCGGCCACGAGCCCACCAUGGCGGUCGCUGGCUCGUCUGUUCACCGCCGAGUCAGGAGGGGCGGCUACGGCGUCGUAGGUCCGGUGCACACGUACGUAAGGACGGACUACGACGGAAACUUCAAGUGGGGCGCCAGGCAUCACGUUGGGAAGUCUUACGGUGGCGGCCACGGAGGAGGAUACGGGCACUACUGAGCCGGAACUGGGCCCGCGCUGCUCUCUUAAUUCUUCGACGGCCACACUGUCUUGCUGCUUCACACCCAUAACAGAGCGUGUGACGUGUUCAUUUGCGCGUCACUGAAUGCUGCCUGCGCGUCGAUUUCUUCGUUCUAACGUCUCGCGGCAGAAGUGGAGGGACAUCACCGGGAAACGACCGACGAAACCAUUCUUCGGCCGUGCACACAAAAGCAGCUGCUGUUUGCACGGCUGUUUUCGUUGCAGGCAUACAGGGCAACGCACAAUUAAACUUGUGAAUGAAAUACUGCAACAGUUAUGCUCUUUUCACAAACGGCGUCAUAUUAGAUGGAUUCCUAAAUAAAAGCUGGGCGUGGCGAACGCGCCACGAGA